AUGGUCCAGGCCACAGAGAAGAUCCUGGGCAGGGCGCGGCAGCUGGUGGACGUCAAGAAGGAGGACGGCUUCUCCGCGCUGCAUCUGGCCGCGCUCAACAACCACCGCGACGUCGCCGAGAUCCUUGUCAAGGAGGGACGCUGCGACAUCAACAUCCGUAACAACCGGAACCAGACGGCGCUGCAGCUGGCGGUGACGCAGGGCCACACGGACCUGGUGCAGCUGCUGGUGUCCGAAGGCGCCGACGUCAACAUGGAGGACGAGGACGGAGACACGGCCAUGCACGUCGCCCUGCUCCGCCCGCAGCUGGCCAGCGUGAUGCUCAGCCCCCCCGUGGGGACCAGCAGCACCGAGGAGCCCAGCGAGGGGUGCUCCUCCACAUCGCUCUACUGCAGGCUGAGCGCUUCAGGUCUUCUGGGGAACACCGAACUGAGUGUUGGCGCAGCUCUCGCUUGUUUUUUGGCGCAGGAAGGGGCCGACAUCAACUACGCCAACCACAAGGGAAAGAGUCCCCUGGACCUGGUGGCAGACAGCACCAUGAUGCAGCUCAUCAAGAGCUUCUCUGAGAAACACAGGUUGCAGCGUAUGCAGGCCAUCACAUGUGGUCAGGGUCUGAGCAGCGCCAGCCUGCGGCGGGUCCACACCACGCCCAACACCAUGACCAACCUGGUUCUUCCCAACCUGCCGGGGCCCAGUGAAUGCCUCAUCUGCUCCGAGCUGUCUCUGCUGGUUCUCUUCUGCCCCUGCCAGCACAGCGUGGCCUGUGAAGAGUGCGCCCAUCGAAUGAAGAAAUGCAUCAAAUGCCAAGUCACAAUCACCAAGAAAAUUAGACAAGACCAAACGGAGGUGGGCUGCAGCCCCGGCACGGAGAACUCGGAGCAGCACAACCUGCUGGAGCAGCUGCAGUCCCGCUACCGGCAGAUGGAGGAGCGCAUCACCUGCCCCAUCUGCAUCGACAACCACAUCAAGCUGGUCUUCCAGUGCGGACACGCCUCCUGCAUCGACUGCAGUGCCGCGCUCAAGACCUGCCCCAUCUGCCGGCAGACCAUCCGCGAGCGCAUCCAGCUGUUCGUCUGAGUGACCAACCACAGAGGGGAGAGAGUGGGAAACCAGUGACCUGUGUCUGCUUGUCGCACCCUCCUGCUCAUCCCUCUCUCCCCCCCCCCGAUUGAACACUUACUCAGCCUGUAGUUUGCUUCUCCAUAAGAGACACUGCUGAGAGUCCGUUCUUUGUUACAUUCUGAGUAGUUUCCCUAUCAGAUAAUUUUUCGGCGUCAGAACUGAUUGUUCCGCCUAAACCCGACGGGAAGCAGACGUUGUGAGGCCGUGUUGCCAAUUUUCUGUACUUUAAUUGGUAGCCAUGAGAAAAAUGUCCCCCCCCUCCCCCUCCUUUACCUCUUCUUUUCCCUGCCCUGUCUCUACCUCCAGUAAUCUAUCCUAUCUUUGCUGCUUUAAGUGGAUGUCUGUUACCCAUCAUCCUCUCUGGCUGUCUGGCCUCCCUUUUGUUUACAAGGCUGCGCUGACUCAGUCCCCGUCUCCUCGUGAAUUAUGUUUGCUCUCAUUUGUACCAUCUCUUAAUAAUCAGUGUUAGUCUCUGCAGAGGGAGUUGGUAUAACUAAAGGCUCUCUAUAUAGUCCUCCGACCACUCGCCUGUAUGCAAGGGGAAAUACACACUAUAUAUGCAUGAAUAUAUGCAUAUUGUAAAGCUGAAAAUGACCGUGUCGUCAUGGGUGAUUUGUCGUCGUCGUAGCUUUUAUUUCUCUCUGGUUACAUUUGUGUUUUUUAAUGUACCGAUCAGUACAGGCUUUUAUUUAUGUGUGAAAGGUGGUAUUUCUUAGUAAUGUCUUUUUCUUUUCAGUCGGUGUUUGCUUGGCAACAUUUUUCCUUUUUUUGGGUUUCUACUGAACUUCACCCCAAGCCUAUGUCCUCUACUCAGGGUAUCAAAUCAUUGAAAGCACUUGUGAUAUCCAUAACAGGUCAAAGAGCCCCCCCCACUCCCAAUCCCCCACACACAUUGUUACAGAGCUGCAGUGUACCAGAUCAUUUCAGUGGAAGGUCACUGAAAGAAAAAUGUCAUUAAUAAAACCAACAAAGUUGUGCAUAGUGAUUCCAAUUCACUAAAGCAUCAGUUUAUUUAUCAUUAGUAAAAUGAAUGUUUGCAGAAAGGCAACAAUUGUCUUCAAAUAGAAAAGAAAGUUCCUGAAGCUUCCCGGUCAGCUUUGAAGCAUUGUGUUAGUGUCGUAGUGAGCAGCCAGCAGCAGUGAUUAGUUAUUUAUCCCUGACAUGUAAGAAUUAGAAUCCGACGACGGGCAGAAACGUGAUAUUGUUGUGUUGCACCUCGAGUUCCCCGUCUCCCCUCCGCAAGGAGUCAUUUGAGCAGAAACCCUCUCCUCUGGAGUUUUGGAUUGUACAUCACCUUCAUCCUUUCUAAUGUUUUGGUGUGUUUUCUUGAAGGGCUUAUGCAUAUAAGAAAAAAAAAAACGUAUCUAUUUUAAUCGUUAUUUAAUUUUAAUUUUCUAUAAUAAACAUCAGGAGACAGGACGUUUUUUUGUCUUCAUUAGAUCCCUCAUUUUGGGAGAGCCAAUGUUAAAGAUGUACAUUUGAAUGUCGGGGAAGAAAAAUGUAUCCUGUCUAACUCUGCCUUUUUUAUGUGUAAAGAAAAAAGAAGGAGCCGGAGAGACGCGUUUACCGCAAAUUUUACUUUGAGGAAAGAACUUUUACAUCUGUGCCAAAUCGCAUGAGGAUGUGCAUGGGCAUGCACGCCCAAAUUUAUCUAGACGCACUAUGCUAAAUGCCUCCGAACUCAAGGGAGGGUUCAAUUAUUCCAGCAGUGUGAAGUAAACCUAAGGCAAACAAUAAUAUUUAAUUUAAUUCAAAAUGAAAAGUGUUGCUCACUGAUGUUAGAGCUAACGGUGUUAGCAUCCUGACUAUAGCCGUCAUGACGAGUGAUGCUCACUUCCAAAAUGUUACCAGUCCCAUAUUGUUUGGAGCUUUCUACAAGUAUAUAUAUUUAUAUUUUGUGAGACAUUACCAAUCAAAGGGACAAGUUUUUCGUAAAGGAAAUUGCGACAUUUUAAGGAUUGUCCAUUGGUGUUCCAAGUUGAUGGGUUUACACGCAAAGGCAAUAAUGUUUUAGAGAAGCAGUGAUGUUUGAGUUCUUUAUUUUUCUCCCCUUAAGGAGGUCGCUGUGAGGGCGGGAAACUAUUUCUGUAUAAAACACUAUCAAAUGUUACUAUUAGUGUUUGUACAGUUCAGCUCUUGGAGUUCUGAUGUUGGCCUUACUGUCCGUUCCUCCUCUGUUGAUGUUUUUUCAGUUGUAUUCUGUACAAAAAUAUUUUGCAAUAAAUAUGGAACUGUUUUCUAAGGA